UCCACGUAGAAGAUUUUAAAAACUAAAAUAAAAAGCAACUCCAAGUUUGAAAUCUUGCUGCCAGGGAGAGUUUGCAAGGAAAUACACAAGGAUAAACAAGGAAAUUUGACGAGUCGCAAAGAGGUGAAAUUCUACAGUGUGGCAACAAUUCCCAGUCUGUGAGCCUCCCUGUGGUCCCAGCCACCUUGGUCUGACUACAGGAUUGUCGUUAUUACAGGCAGCCUCAAGGAACUGGGCAGAACUGAAAAAGUAACAGUGAUGUGAAGUUUGUCUGAGUCACUGACUACAUCCCCCGUGGUUCUCUCAGGACAGCAGCUCUUGGAAGAAGGCAGAGUAGGAUGCAGUGAGUGAGAGCUGCUCUUUUUGGUCACCACUAACUUCAGAUCUCCUCCCCUCGCCUCUCCCAAUCUCUUGUACUUUCCUUGCUACUCCAUCCACUGCAGCAUAAACUGGCAGAAGCGGCAGUUAGAAGCCCUGCUCCAAAAGCGACUAGAAAAGCCUCGAAACCAGCAGCAGCCAUGAACAUGAAAACCGUGGUCGUGCUGCUCCUCCUGGCCCUGGCCACAAUCUUUGCCCUCGUCUGCGUGCUGCUGACCCGGGCACGGGCCCCCAGCGCCUGCCAGCAGCAGCCCUCGGCACAGGAGGAAGCGGACGACGGCCACAGCCGGGUCUUUGCCGACCUGACGCCCGAGGAGCUGGCACAGGUGGUGCAGUACCUGCGGGUCAGCCUCGGGGUGCCGCUGGCCGACGCAGCGCGUGCCAAACCCUCCGACAACUGCAUUGCCUCCGUGGACGUGCAGCUUCCGGCCAAGGCAGAGGUGCUGCGGUUCCUGGAUGCCGGAGGCUCGCCGCCCCGUGAGGCACUGGCUGUGCUGUACUUUGGGGCCCAGGCAGAGCCCAACGUCACCGAGUACGUGGUGGGCCCACUGCCAGCACCAACGUACCACCGGGACGUCACGGUGCAGAAGUACGGGGGGAAGGUGCCGUACCACCGCAGAGCUGUCACUGGUGUGGAGUACGCGGCCAUCAAUGAGCUCAUCCAGAAGGAGCUGAGGAAGGCACCGCGCUUCCUCGCUGCAUGCUGUGCGUCUGAUGGAACCGACCUGGCCACUAUCACCACUGCACCCCGGGGCCUCAAGUCUGGAGACCGCAGCACGUGGUUCGUCCUCUUCCAUGGCAUUGCUGGCAGUGGUUACUUCGUCCUGCCUGUGGGGCUGGAGGUGCUGGUGGAGCACGGGCCGCUCGACGUCUCCCAGUGGUACCUGCGCCAGAUCUUCUACAAUGGACGCUACUUCCCCAGCACUGCUGAGCUGGAGAAUGCAUUUAUGACCAAGUCACUGAAGGUGGUUGUGGUUCAAAAGCCCCAGGAAGACACAGUGCUGGGCUCCAUGAGACCCCUCCGCUCACCUGGUGCUCCGGGGCCGCUUCAGUUUGAGCCCCAGGGGCCGCGGUACAGCGUCAGGGACAACCGUGUCACCUACCAGGGCUGGAGCAUUGCUUUUGGCAUGAACCCCAACACUGGCCCACGGCUCUUCGACAUCCGUUUCCGCGGGGAAAGAAUAAUCUAUGAGAUGAGCCUGCAGGAGGCCUUAGCUCUGUAUGGCUCCAACUGCCCUGGGGGUAUGUCCACACGCUACCUCGAUGGCAGCUUUGGCAUUGGCAGAUUUGCCUACGAGCUGGUCCGGGGUGUUGACUGUCCCUACAUGGCCACCUAUGUGGAUCGGCACUACCUGUCCGAGUCAGAUGUCCCCAGAACCAACCAGAAUUCGCUCUGCAUUUUUGAGCACGACACUUCCCUUCCUCUGCGGCGGCACUUCUCUGACACACAUUCCUUGUACUAUGGAGGGCUGCGGAAGAACACCCUGGUCAUUCGUGCCAUCUCCACACUCAUUAACUAUGACUACGUCUGGGACUUCAUGUUCUACAGCAAUGGGGCUGUGGAGGUCCGGGUCCAUGCCACCGGCUACAUCAGUUCCUCCUUCCUCCAUGACCAGGGCACCAACUAUGGCAACAAAGUUGGGCCACACACACUGGGGACGAUGCACCUGCACCACAUUCACUACAAGGUGGACCUGGACAUUGAUGGGCAGCUGAACUCACUGGAGUCCCACGACAUGGGGUACCAGACGGUGAGCAUCCCCUGGAGCCCAGAGAACACCCUCCAGCAGCCGUUCCUCCGCCGGGAGAGGCUGGAGAGAGAGAAUGAGGCAGCGUUCCCCCUCAACGCCUCUCUGCCCCGCUACCUCUCCUUCACUGGCCCGAAGCCCAACCGCUGGGGACACCUUCGCAGCUACCGAGUGCAGGUUGUCAGCUUCCCUGGGGAGCACCUGCCCACCAGCAGCCCCAUGGAGAAAGCCAUCAGCUGGGGCAGGUACAAGCUGGCUGUCACCAGGAGGAAGGAGGAGGAACCCACCAGCACCAGUGUCUACAACCAGAAUGACCCUUGGACACCCACCGUCACUUUUGCUGACUUCAUCAAUGAUGAAACCAUCGCUAACGAGGACCUAGUCGCGUGGAUUUCUGUGGGGUUCCUUCAUGUUCCUCAUGCUGAGGACAUUCCCAACACUGUGACUGUGGGGAACAGUGUCGGCUUUUUCCUGAGGCCCUACAACUACUUUGACGAGGACCCCUCGCUAUACUCGCCUGACGGCAUCUAUUUCAGCAGCAAGCAGGGCAUAGGGGCAUGUGGAGCCAACCCCCUUGCCUGCCUGCCCGCAGCCACCUGUGCCCCACGCCUGUCACCCUUCCAGUACGGCGGCUUCGUCAACGUCAGCCUGGGCUCCCCACUUGGAUCCUGUUUGGGGAGAGGCCAUACUGGUGGGUGCAUGAAACUGAUUAUUACAGCAACACCUCUGCGCCGGCCAUCCAGCAGUUCCCACUCACCUGCGAGACCGGCCCUGGGAGCCCCUCCGGCCAUGCCAUGGGUGCAGCAGGAGUGUACUACGUCAUGGUGACCGCCCUGCUUUCCAUCGCCAUGGGCAAGAAGCAGUCAA